AUGUGUGACGAUGAUGUAGCAGCACUUGUUAUUGAUAAUGGUAGUGGAAUGACUAAAGCUGGUUUUGCUGGUGAUGAUGCACCACGUGCAGUAUUUCCAUCGAUUAUUGGCCGACCACGUCAUCAAGGUGUUAUGGUUGGUAUGGGACAAAAAGAUUCAUAUGUUGGUGACGAAGCACAAUCAAAACGUGGUAUAUUAACUUUAAGAUAUCCGGUUGAACGUGGCGUCAUUACGAACUGGGAUGAUAUGGAAAAACUAUGGCAUCAUACUUUUUAUAAUGAACUUCGUGUUGCGCCUGAAGAACAUCCUGUUUUUCUCACUGAACCACCAUUGAAUCCAAAAGCUAAUCGUGAAAAAAUGACACAAAUUAUGUUUGAAAAAUUUAAUACACCAGGAAAGAAGCACAAUUGA